UCAUUCUGCCGCGGCGGAGCCGACGAUACGAACGUUACUUGUUUAUUUUUAAGCGGGAGGUGUGUCCGAAAUAAGUGAAAUAACAACGUUUAUUAUUUUUCCGCAAUAUCAAAAUUUCCUCCUACGAAUAGUUCUGUGUAUAGCGUAACGUAAGAUUAAUAUAUUCGCCACCAUGUCGGUUAUGGGAAAAAUAAUACCUAAUGUUUCGAGCCGGAAUUUCGGGCGUAUUAGUGCCGCGUUGACAAAUAGAACGUAUUUCACAUAUACACAGGAAUUAUCACAGCCUGUGGACAAGAAGCCUGAGAAGGUGAAUGCAACGGAAGCGUUUCAAAAAUGUUUGAAAUCAGGUCAAACGGUAUACGCUCAAGGCGCCGCGGCGACCCCUGUACCACUCUUAGACGCCAUGACAGCUGUGGGUAAAGCUGGGUCUCUCAAGGACAUCAGGGUUGUUCACAUGCACACAGAGAAAGAAGCUGCCUACACAGCGCCUGAGUGUGAAGGCAUCUUUAGGUCAUGUUCCUUGUUUAUGGGAGCCAACGUCCGUAAAGCUGUUGCCGAGGGACGGGGCGAUGCCAUCCCCAUCUUCCUCCAGGACAUCCCUAAACUGUUCCACAGGAAGAUCAUCCAGCCCGACAUUGCUCUCAUUCAGGUAUCUCCUCCAGACCACCACGGCUACUGCAGUUUAGGCACGUCCGUAGACUGCGUACGCGCAGCUCUGGUCAACUCUAAAAUCAUUAUCGCUCAAGUAAACGUGAAUAUGCCUCGGACAUUCGGCGACGCAAUCAUCCAUAUAUCACACAUCGACUACGCUGUUGAAGACAAUACUCCAUUACCGGAGCAUGGUGGCAAAGCCGCCAGCCCUGAGGAGACGAAGAUUGGUCAGCUGAUAGGUGACAACUUAGUUGAAAAUGGAGCCACGCUUCAAAUGGGUAUCGGCAGCAUCCCCGACGCCGUGCUGUCAUGCCUGAAGAACCACAAGGACCUAGGCAUCCACUCUGAGAUGUUCAGCGUUGGGGUCAUUGACCUGUUCCGCCGCGGCUGCAUCACUAACAACAAGAAGAAGACUCAUCGCGGUCGUAUCGUCGGUAGUUUCCUGGUCGGCAAUCGUGAGCUCUACGAUUUCGUCGACAACAACCCCGUUCUUGAAAUGCUGGAGAUCGACUACGUGAACAACACGCAUAUCGUGUCUCUGCAGCCCACCAUGACUGCUAUCAACUCCUGUAUCGAGGUGGACCUCACUGGCCAAAUAGCUUCGGAUUCCAUCGGUACUCGCAUGUAUUCCGGUUUCGGCGGGCAGGUGGACUUCAUCCGCGGCGCCGCCGAGUCCGUGGACGGGCGCGGCAAGCCCAUCAUCGCCAUGGUCUCCAGCACCAAGAGAGGCGAGAGCAAGAUCGUACCUACUCUUAAAGUCGGAGCCGGAGUGGUAACUACUCGGGCCCACGUCCACUACAUAGUCACCGAGCAAGGUAUCGCGUACCUGUUCGGCAAAACUCUCCGCCAGCGGGCCUACGAGCUCAUCAAGAUCGCCCACCCCGACCACCGCCAGGCUCUCGAGAAGGCCGCCUUCGAAAGACUAAAGUGCAUGCCCGCACCUUAAAUAAUGACCCCUUUGCAAAAGUAUUCAAGUAGCACCCUUUUGGGUUGCCAGUAUAAAGAAACUACGUUAUGGUAGUUUAAGUUUACCUAGUUGCAUGAUAAGUACACUGCCUUUUUACAAUUUAUAUUGGCUGUUUGCAGUGAUUCCAUUAUGCAUUUGGAUUGGUUUUUAGGGCGCUAGUGUCAGUAGUCUCCAAUAUAGCCUAAUGUUACCGAUUGCCUUAUAAAAUAUCAAUAGAUAAAACUUAUUGUUCAAUAAAUAGGCGAUACCUCGUCAUUAGAUUAUUUAAGAACACAAAAUCAACUUAUUUUUAAUUCUUUUACAUUUUGGUCGAAUUUAUUUAUAGUAUUUUUUUGUAAGUUAUGUGCUUCUUGUAACACUGCGAAUUUAUAUUGUUAACAGUGAUUAUUUUCGAUUAAUUAUGUUGUAUUUUUUAUGUAUUAAAUGUACUUCUAGUUGAAAAA